AUGGCUACCGACUCUGGGGAUACCAAGGCGGACGCGUCCUUUUCGUGGCUGAAGCCCCAUGCGAUAUUCUGUAUCAUCCUUGUCGGCGAAGAAGAAAUCCCCUUUGGCAUCCAGAAGGACUUUCUUUGUGCCAAGUCCACCUUCUACCGCUCUCACUUUGCUCAGCAGACUGCUGAGCAGCUAGAAUCCCUCGUCAAACUGCCCCAGGCGACCCCCGAGGUCUUUGGUCUGGUCCAACACUUCCUGUACACCGGUGCUCUGUUCUUCGACCCCCAGUCCGUCCCGAGUUAUGAGGUUCUCAUCGCCACCUGGAAGCUCGGCCACGAGUUGGGCAUUGAGGGUCUUUGCGACGAGGCCCUUCACGCCAUGACCGAGGCGCGAAGACUGAGCCAGCUAAUACCCUCCACGCCGCUACUCGUCCGAGCGUGGAAGGAGACACCCGAGGGCUCAUCCAUCCGUACCCUGCUCCUGACCUGGGCUGCUGAGUACAUCAAUACCUCCGAGUCUCGCCACGAGUUCAGCAAAUCCCUACCCCAGGAGGUGCUGAGUGAGCUGGUAGUAGCGAUGAGCAAUCUGAACUCUGCGCCAGUGAUCCAGGUCAAUUCUGUGGCUUCGCCUGGCGGGCAAUCGCACCGCAAAAAUGUCCAUUACCUCGAACGAGACGACAGCGAACCCGAAGUUCACGUCAAGGCACCCAAGCAUCGCCAUUCAGAUGUUGGAUCCGGCCGUUCUGCUCAGAACGACCGCAAGCCACCCAAGAAGGCAGUAUCGAGGCCUUCACUCCCUAAGGCACCUAAGGCCAAGCGGACCAGCAUUAAUGUCGCCGAUCCCGGUACUUACACCGCCGAGCAGAGAGUGGCAUACGCCGAUAGCCAGUUGACGAAGAUGCUCUCUGGGCCUGGUUACUGGACCCGCCUCGUGGGACCAUUCCGCGAAGCUGUUAAGCCCGUCGAAGAAGGCGUGCCGGACUACCUGGAGAAGAUCACCAAGCCCAUGGACCUCCUCACCAUCCGCAGCAAGAUCGACAAUAAGGAGUACGGUGACAUCGACGAGUUCAUAGCCGACGUCAGCCUGAUCUGGGAGAACGCCUUCACCUACUGGCGCAAGGAGGAAGACCCGGUACGAAGAAUUGCUGUUAAUUUCAAGAAGAGCUUCGAGGACAGCAUGACGCCGGCCAAGAUCAACAAGUUCUGCUCGAAGUACGCAGGCGAAGAACCUGAGGAAUAG